GUCUGUCAGUGACUGUGACUGAUGUCAUCGUCAUAAUUUCUUUGUAGGCUUUAUUUAAUUACAAAAGUGGAGGCCUAAAUAAGGAAUUAUUACGAAAUUAGGAAGAAUUAUUGCUCUUGCUGCCCCCAUUGUCCACAUGCAGUGAUUCGAAGACUUUGAGGUGGAACCAUGUGUUCACUAUUUAACCAAAAAUUGUAGAAUUUUGGAAAUAGUGAUCACUGUGGACAGUACCAUGUCAAGUACAGAGCAAAAUAUAGUGAACUCUAUGCAACAAUUGUCUGUGCAACCCAGUAACAGUGGUCCUACUGAGAAACCAACACAAGUGGUCACACCAGCUGUAAACCGCAGUCCAGCUGCAGCCAAAGUGAACCCUGUAAAGGCAAAUCCUGUGUCCCCAGCUAUAGCUACGAUUGAUCGACUUCUGAGCCUAGGUGCCAAUAUUCCUCCUCCCCCUCCUGUGAUCACUCGGCCUGCUGACAUGGACCCUCACACUGUGGAGCAACUCAGAGCUGUCAAAGAGCUAUUAACAGCUCAAGAAGAAGAAGCACAGAAUCUGAGAGACCUCAAUCGUGAAUUAAGAGAACGCCUUGAAGAGUGUGAAACAAAAAUAAAAAAGCUCACAGAACAGAAUGAUGAAUAUGCUGAAAAAGAGAAAAACUUAUCCCAAAGAGUUGCUGAGAAAGUAAGAAAUAAUAAGCAAAUGAGUGUAGUCAUGGAGGAAUAUGAGAGGACUAUCUCUUCAUUGAUUGGUGAAAGAGAUGCAGAGGGCAAGAGGUGGGUGGACGAAAGAGCCACCCUGGUGCGUGAGCGAGAUGAGGCAGCGGCCCACCUGGCAUCUAUGGAGCAUGCAUUUAAUGAUGUCCAUACCAAGUAUGAGAGAUGCAAAGUAAUCAUACAAGGAUAUAAAAGUAAUGAAGAGACAUUAAAAAGAACAGUCGAAGAAAACAAUGAUGCCAUUCAGAAAUUAGAGGCUAGGUAUGAAACUUUAAGACAGCAUGCCAUGCAACAACUUAACAAAGCAAAUGCUGAGUUAGACUCAGUGAAGAAGGCUCACCAGGCAGAGAUUCUGAAACUUAAUGCCAUGCUGAAGAAGAGUGAAGUACAUGCCUCCUCGCUGCAGGAGUCUCUGGCUCAGAAGAUAAAAGAUAAUGAAGAACUCACAGCCAUAUGUGAUGAACUUAUCAACAAGGUUGGUUGAACUACAACCUUCAUCAUACAUUAAUAAUUAUAACAUGCAUUUUAUAUUUUGUAUCCAGAUAACAAUAAUAGUAUAUUACACAGAAAUAUUAUAAUAAUCAAAUACUGUAAUACAUACUUGGAAGCAAGAGCCGUUACCAUUUCUAAAUAUAAUUUUUACAUGUUUGUAAUUAAUUAUUGUUUUGUAACAUUUAGUGCAAUCAAUCUGUCCUUUUUUUAUUUUUGUACAUUUUUAGUGUAAGUUUUUAUUAUUUUUGACAUUAUUGGUGUUGUUAUUCUCAGUACAGCUUUUGGAAACAUUUAGGCAACAAUUUAUUUUGUAUCACUUAUGCUCAGUAUUCAUUUUUUCUUUUUAACUCUAAUGUGAAAAUAAGAAUUAGGUUAAAAAGUCCACUUGUAUGAGUCUACCGAAUUGAAAGAUCACUUUCUUAUCAUUAUUUUUUUGAGUUUAAAGUGGAGCAUUAGUAAAUGAAAGAAUAGUUGCAUUUUCGAUAUAUUCAUAUUACUUAAACUUAAUCCCUAGCUGCCAUAUUUUAUUUUGAAAAUCCUUUUUGUAUAAAUAAUUUAUAAUUACAUUUAUGUGCUUAAUAUUGUAGGUUUAAUGAUAACAUGUUUAUAUAAUUAUACACAUAAGUGCUAAUUUUAUA